UUAUUAAGUUGAAACCUAAUUAUUAACCGAGGAAACAUGGCGCGAGGCAGUAGCGCUGGUUUUGACAGGCAUAUUACAAUUUUUUCACCCGAGGGUCGUCUUUAUCAAGUGGAAUAUGCUUUCAAAGCAAUUAACCAAGGUGGUCUUACGUCGGUUGCGGUCAAAGGUGUUGAUACCGCUGUCUUUGCGACACAAAAAAAAGUGCCCGAUAAACUCUUAGAUGCUACCAGCGUUACACAUUCUUUUCGAAUUACAGACCACAUUGGCUGUGUUAUGACUGGAAUGAUCGCUGACAGCAGAUCGCAAGUACAGCGAGCACGUUACGAAGCUGCACAUUUCAAAUAUAAGUAUGGAUACGAGAUCCCUGUUGAUACGCUAUGUAGAAGGGUAUCGGAUAUCAGUCAAGUUUAUACCCAAAAUGCCGAAAUGAGACCUCUCGGCUGUUCGAUGAUGUUGAUAGCUUACGACGUUGAAAAAGGUCCGUGCAUUUACAAAGCCGAUCCAGCUGGUUAUUUCUGCGGUUACAGGGCAAUUUCUACAGGUGCAAAGCAAACCGAAGCUAAUUCCUAUCUUGAAAAGAAGCUGAAGAAAAAACAAAAUUAUGACUUUGAGGAAACGAUUCAACUCGCAAUUAUUUGCUUGUCAACGGUUUUAUCGGUGGACUUUAAGCCCACUGAAUUGGAAGUUGGCGUCGUAUCAAAGGAUAAUCCUAAAUUUAGAGUCUUAACCGAACAAGAAAUUGAUAAGCAUCUUACGGCUAUCGCUGAAAAGGAUUGAAGAUUGAUUAAUAAGUUAACAAAAAAUGUACUUUUUAUGUAAAACUUUAUAUACUUAUUAAAAUUU